AUGGCGACUUCAGCUUUCAAAUCAACGUCGAAGAGAACUACAAUUGGCGGGUCUAGCUCUGAAGAUUCAACCAGCACUAGCCGGUCUUACCGCCGGUCCAGGAGUCUCAGCCGAUUUUCACGACCGGAGGUGGUUUCUGAGCCGAAGGGGAAGUUUGUGAAUACGGUCAGAGGAUCGGGGGACUGUACGGAGAUCAGCCUUGAUGAUCUCGCGCUUGAGUUCUUCUCGUCAAGGAACGAGAGUGAGAGCGAUGUAGGCGCGGGGAAGAGGGAGGGCCAUUCGGUUUCGCGGCCUGGGGGAGGUAGCUCGGAGAUUGGGCGGUGGGCUAGUGAUACUGCGUCGUCUAGGAGAAGGGGGAGGUCAGUGUCAAGAAAUGGCGGAGUUGACAGUAAAAGUUAUGUUGUUUCUAAUGGCUCUGGUAGUGGGAGUAAAAAUUUCACUCCGGCUGAGUCCGUUUCACGGCGGAGGAGGUCCCUCUCUGUGGCUCGGUAUCAUAUUAGCGACUCUGAGAGUGAGGUAGAUAAUUCUCGGAAUCCAAUCAAUCGUUCUAUUUUAAAGGGUCCCAUCAGAGGGAGGAGUCAAAUGCCUUUAUCACGGAAGGCAGCAUCUUUAAGCAAUCAGCAUCCGGGAAUAUCGCUUAAUCAAAAUGAUCAGUCGCUGUUACACGAUGGCUACUCUAGCCACUCCUCUGCCCAAACUGAUGAUGAAUCGAAUAUUGUUCGUAUUGGUAAAAAUGGAUUUGAGAAGAUAAUCCGGGCAGUUUAUGCGGAGAAGAAGGCUGAGAUCCAUACAGAGGAUGCUGUUAACAGUGGCUUUUAUGAAGCAAUGCGAAAAGAACUUGAAUAUGCUGUUGAAGAAAUACGAACUGAACUAAAUCAAGCCGUGGGGAGAAAUCAAGCAGCAUUAUCUAGUGGUAAGUGUUUGCAGGUGGAAAAACCCAAAAAUCUUCAAGAUUUUUCUGCAAUCAGAAAGAAUUAUACUGCAAAGUUAGGUCAGUCAGAGAAGCGCAAGCAAGAUCUUCUUGCUGAAAUAUUGCUAGAGGAGCAACGAGGCCAGGAGCUCUCCAAAAUUGUCAGAGAUUUACUUCCGGAUUCAAAGACUUCAUAUGUUUCUCAGAAGCCAUUCCGGGCUAGAAAGAGAAGUAGUGAGAAAUGUUGGGCAUCAAGGCAAUUGAGUGAGGAGGCAGGAAAAUAUUUCGAGGACUUCAUUUCAAAUGUUGAAGAUACAGACAUUUCUUCAUUUGAUGGAGAAAGAAGUGAUGGAAGUUCGACCCUGGGGGCCACCCGAAAGGCAAGAGAUUCUUCAAUAAGAGGAGAAGCAGAAAGCUAUCAAAGUCCAGCAGGAUCCAUAAAUUGUCCAGUUGAAAUGGAGGGUGUUCUUUUACCUUGGUUGACGUGGGAGACUGGUCCCGAUGGUUCUGUUUCAGGCAAGAAUAAAGCACAGACUCCAGACACUCCAAAAGCACUACAGUGGGACUCAGAAAAGGACGGGAUCUCAAUAAAUGACCCAAGCAAUCAUUCUACCAGCAGUCACGGGAGUUGGAGUCCUGGAUUCUUAAAUGGUCCUCCUUUACAUACAAGAGAAGAGAAUAAAGGCAAAACCAGGCAAUUUGUCGACAAACAAGUGUCCCAUUUUAACACGGACGAAUACGUUGAACUUGGGAAGAGCGAGGAACUCUUGUUCGAAAUGUAUAAGGAACGAAACCGAAUUAGUUUGGGUGGGCUUUUGCUUUGUAACAAUGUAUUUUAG